AUGGAUCCCACCAUCCAGCGCGCCCUGAACGACAAGCUCUAUGAUAAGCGCAAGGUUGGCGCUCUCGAUCUUGAGCGCGUCAUUCGCGAGGUAGUUGCCAAACAGGAUAACGCCAGAAUUGAGGCCAUUCUCGACCAGCUGUGCAACGACUAUGCCUACGCUGUCCACCAGCCCCAUGCCCGCAACGGUGGGUUGAUCGGCCUGGCCGCUGCUGCCAUUGCCUUGGGUUCUGAACUCGCCAGAUACCUUGAGGUCAUUGUGCCACCGGUCCUAGCCUGCUUCACAGACCAGGAUGCACGAGUCCGAUACUAUGCCUGCGAGGCCAUGUAUAACAUUGCCAAGGUCGCAAAGGGCGAAAUCCUCAUCUAUUUCAACCACAUCUUCGAUGCCCUCUGCAAGCUUGGUGCCGACUCGGAACUGUCAGUCAAGAACGGUGCCGAGUUGCUCGAUCGUCUCAUCAAAGAUAUCGUCUCAGAAUCAGCAGCAACCUACGUUUCUGUCUUGGAGCAGCCGCCGCCAUACCAAGAGGACGAUAAGGACGUUCUGGAUGACACGAAUGAACUGCCAACGGCCUUCUCCCUGAAGAAGUUUAUACCACUUCUUCGUGACCGCAUUUAUGCCAUCAACCCUUUCACACGGACCUUUCUUGUGGGCUGGAUUAUUCUCCUGGACUCUAUUCCAGACCUGGAGCUUGUCACUUUCCUGCCUGAAUUUCUCGGAGGCCUGUUGCGAUUCCUGAGUGACCCCAACCGGGACGUUCACGUGGCGACGCAGGGCUGCUUGGACAAGUUCCUCAACGAGAUCAAGAGGAUCGCCCGCAUCAAGAAGGGGAUCGCCGAGAGCAAAAAGUCAAAGGGCGAGGGCAAACGGAAAAGAGAGGACUCGGUUGAGAGCGGGAGCAUACGCCCCACUCUCGAAGAAGGCGACGAGGUGGAUUCCGAAACGGCAGCCGACGACGAUGAGCUGGAUAGCGAGGAUGACUGGGUUCCAGGCCAAGACGUGCAGAUCAACCACAAGGCGAUCCUGGAGAUUCUGACUGCCACACUUGACUCACCGCUGGGUAAGCCGCCCUUCGACAACGGUCGCCAAAAGACUGCUAAUCUCACCCCGAAUCCAGAAGAAGACGGACUGCUGGAGUCGCUCCGCUGGAUUGUCGAAUUUCUUGACAUCUGCCCGGAGGAGGUACUCCCGUUUACUCCCAAGAUUCUAGCUCAUCUCUUGCCAGCAAUGGCCAGUGGGGUUGAGUCAAUUCGCCAGGCUGCCGCCAGGGUCAACACGUCACUGAUGGACUAUGUCGUCUCACUCUCUGACGAUGCUGAGCUCGCAACCAUUCCGCACCAGCUGUCUAGGAUGCCGCACGGCGAUCGCCAGGACGGAACCACAAGCGCCCGGGCAUCCCUUUCCAGCUCGAGAGAGCUUGAGAUACGAAGUCCCACGCCGGCCACGGGCAAGCCUCUUCCACGGACUCCAACCCCGGGCACGUCUGGCGCUUUGCAACCACAAGCAGAUCUUGAUUAUGCCGCUGCGGUAAACUCACUAACCCUGCUGUUUUUGAACGACCACGAAGCCACCCGUGUCGCUGCCCUCACGUGGCUCAUCAUGUUGCACCGCAAAGCACCCAGAAAAGUGCUGGCGUUUAACGAUGGCACCUUCCCUGCACUUCUCAAGACACUCUCUGACCCAGCCGAAACAGUCGUCACCAAAGAUUUGCAACUACUUUCACAGAUAUCAAGGAAUAGCGAAGACGACUAUUUCACCAAUUUUAUGGUAAACUUGCUGCAGCUGUUCUCAACGGACCGGAAGCUUCUCGAGACAAGAGGAAACCUGAUAAUUCGCCAGCUUUGUACCAGCCUCAGCGCGGAACGGAUAUACCGGACGCUUGCGGACUGUAUCGAGAAGGAGGAGGAUGUGGAGUUUGCUAGUAUCAUGGUCCAGAACUUGAACAACAACUUGAUCACGGCACCAGAGUUGGCAGAACUGAGGAAGCGGUUGAGGAAUCUGGAGACGAAGGAUGGACAAACAUUCUUCGUGGCGCUCUUUCGAUCGUGGUGCUAUAACGCUGUGGCAACGUUCUCGCUUUGUCUAUUGGCGCAGGCGUAUGAGCAGGCAUAUAACCUCCUACAAAUCUUUGCCGAGCUUGAAAUGACAGUCAACAUCCUCAUUCAGAUUGACAAGUUGGUGCAGCUCCUGGAGUCGCCGGUCUUUACAUACCUUCGUCUCCAGCUUUUGGAGCCAGAGAAAUACCCGCAUCUGUACAAGUGCUUGUAUGGCCUUCUUAUGCUUCUUCCGCAAUCAUCGGCCUUUGCGGCUCUCAAAAACCGGUUGAACAGUGUUAGUUCCAUUGGGUAUCUGCAUAUUGCGCCGAGACCCAACGCAACAACACCGUCGGUGCCCUCAUUUGAUCGCCCCAACCGAUUGAAGGGCCGGGAAGAAGGCAUCAUCCGUUGGGCUGAGCUCUUGGAGAAGUUCCGGACGGUGCAAGAAAGGGCAAGGCGUCUACAAAGGCUGGGCGCAGACACGGAUGAUUCUCCGUUUGGAGUAGGAGAUCUUAGGAUAGGUGGGGGCGAUGGAACCGGGGACAUGAAGCCGGCGACAGGAAGAGAAGGCGGCGGUACAGGGCCUUCUCGGAAUGCAGGAGGGGGUGGUAGGGACUCUCCGGCCGGCGGAACGAAUAACGCGAACUCGGCACCGGCGAAACCGGAACCGCCGCCAAAGACCAGGACUGGACUGGGGAGACAGCUGGGGAGGUUUGGGGUGGCUGGGCGAGGCAAGCGGAACCCCUGA